CAGAAAUUAGUGAAAAGUCUAAACAGAGAGAUAGACACAACACGUAGUGGAAUUUGGUCCGUGCAAGAAACGAAGGACAAAGAGAAGAACACGAUGCUUAUAUUAUUCUCUUCGAAUUCUCUCUAUUUUGGCUGCUGAAUUUCGCCGAUAAAUUGAUUCUUUAUCUCUUUUCUUUUCUUCUCGUUUCUUUGCAAUGUCGGUCGAAACGUCGUCGUCUAGCUUCACUCUCGAGGGAAUCAGCGAUGUCGAUGACUACAUUUGGGCAAAUGAAGGAGAGGGAUCGUUGCCAUGGGACAGAUACAGUCAUGUUUUUGAUUUGGUAAGAAAUGGAAACUGUGCAUUCCGAGAGAGUUGUUUUGAACAGGCAAUCAAUAAUUACUCAAGAGCCAAUAACAUCAAACCCAAUGAUCCUAUUAUUCUGGGAAACAGAUGUUCUACUUAUAUUAGGAUUAGUCAAUUCUUGAAGCACAGACCUCCAUCAGCUUCUGAGUCUAGACCAUUGAAUGGACUGGAUCCAAUGACACAUGCUGAGCUUGCUUUAAAGGAUGCUGAGAAGCUACUGAACCUCCAGAGUAAUUUAGUAAAAUCAUACAUACUAAAGGCCAAUGCCCUCAUUUUGUUGGAAAAAUAUGAGAUGGCCCGGGAUGUAAUUCUUUCAGGUCUUCAAGUUGAUCCUUUUAGCGAGUCUCUCCAGGCUUCUCUGCAGAAUUUGGAGAGGACUACAGUCAGUUUGAUAGGGAGGAGAAAUCAUGGAAGACCUGAUCGUACAGAUGAUUUUGAUUGCACACUGUGUCUGAAGUUAUUGUAUGAACCUAUCACAACUCCUUGUGGGCAUUCCUUUUGCCGAUCAUGUCUGUUUCAGUCGAUGGAUCGCGGUAACAAAUGUCCAUUGUGCCGGACAGUUCUCUUUAUUAGUCCUAGGACGUGUGCAAUCAGUGUGACACUAAAGAACAUUAUAGAAAAGAAUUUCCCAGAAGAAUAUGCUGAAAGGAAGGCAGAGCAUGAUAGUUUAAGUAACUUUGGUGUUGAUUUGAUACCUCUCUUUGUUAUGGAUGUUGUCAUCCCAUGUCAAAAGUUUCCUCUCCACAUUUUUGAACCUCGGUACAGACUUAUGGUGAGGCGAGUAAUGGAAGGUAAUCAUCGAAUGGGAAUGGUCAUUAUUGAUCCCACCACAGGUUCUAUAGCUGAUUUUGCUUGUGAAGUGGAGAUUACUGAGUGUGAGCCACUUCCGGAUGGACGGUUUCUUCUUGAGAUUGAAAGUUGCCGGAGGUUUCGAAUUCUUCGAUCUUGGGAUCAAGAUGGGUAUCGGGCAGCAGAGGUUGAAUGGUUGCAGGAUAUAAAUCCAGAAGGAGCAGAAGCCAGAGCAGAUUUACAGGAAAUGACCAACAAUGCAGCAGGAUAUGCACAGUUAUGGUUAAGGAGGGAAAAAGAAGCUGCACGACAAGAUCGAAGAAGGCUCGAGAAACUCCUUAAUGUAGAAGUGAUGAUGCCCAAUCCACAAGAUCCCGAGCGCUUUAGUUUCUGGCUUGCUACGUUAUCAGAUCGGAGACCUUCAGAAAGACUAGAACUCCUGCGCAUUAGAGAUACAAGGGAGAGGUUGAGACGUGGACUGAUAUUUCUGAGAGCUGAAGAACAAGGGUGCAGAGUGCAGUGAGAAAGAGUAAUUGUUUUCCCUGAUUUUGUUUAUAAGAAAAAAGAAAAAUCAAGCAAUUCAAUAUUCUUUGGAUUUAAAAAGUAUGAGAGGGGCAUUCUUCCCGGUAUAGAAACCCAAAGAG